AUGCCGUGGCGGUCCGAGUCCGGCAGGCUCAGACGCAAGGCUGAAUCGGUCGUCAUCCUGCGAAAUCCUUGCCAGAUAGGGACGUGGAAUGUGAGGACGAUGUUAGUAGAUGGAAAAAUUGAAGAAAUGAAGAUGGAGAUGGAAAGAUUAAAUAUAGAUAUUCUAGGAUUAAGCGAAGUAAGAUGGGGAGGAAGUGGAGAUUAUUGGGAUGGAGAUUAUAGAAUUAUAUACACUGGAGAGAUACAAGGUGCUAAUGGAACCGCAAUAGUAUUAAACAAAAAAUGGGGCCAGCUAGUGGAUAAUACUAUUCAUCACAGUGACCGAAUAACUUCCGUAAAGAUUAAAGCUCAACCAGUAGAUAUAGUAAUAGUGCAAGUGUACAUGCCCACGGGCAGCCAUAGUGAUGACGAAAUUGAAGAAAUGUAUAAUUCUCUAGACUCAAUAUUAGACGCCGUGAAAGAAAAAGAUAAUCUUAUAGUAAUGGGGGAUUUCAAUGCAGUAGUGGGAGAGGGAGAAGAAGAUAAUACAGUUGGAAAAUUUGGGUUGGGAAAGAGGAACACCAGAGGGGAUAGAAUGGUACAGUUCUGUAAAGAAAAUAGUUUAGUUAUCACCAAUACUUGUUUUAAGCUACCAAAGAGACGGCUAUACACAUGGAAAAUGCCCGGGGACAUUGGACGUUAUCAAUUGGACUUUAUAUUAGUUAAAUCAGCAUUUAGACACCAAGUGACAUCUUGCAAAACACUUCCAGGAGCUGAUCUCAACACAGACCAUAAUUUAUUACUAAGUAAACAUAUGUUUCAAGGCAGAAAACAAAAUAGGAGACACAAACCAAAGAAACUUGAUCUCAAGAAACUUAAUGAUAAGGAUAGCCAUAUUAGAGUGCAAUUUAGUAAUAAAGUAGGUAAUAAACUAGAUGAAUAUAAGAAUAUAACAAAUAUGUAUGAUAGUGUUAGUGUCAAUGAUAAGUGGGGAAUAGUGAGAGGCAUUUUAACAUCCUCAGCCGAAGAAUGUUUGAAAUAUAUCACAGGACAAUUACCAACAGAUUUUCUAAUUACUAAAACAGUUGCACUGCCCAAAAAACUUAACACCCUUAAAUGUGAAGAGCAUCGGACCUUAAGUCUCAUUUCACAAGCUUCAAAAAUUCUAGUUAAAAUCAUUCAGAACAGAUUACGACCAAUAGCUGAAAACCAUCUGGGACCGGAUCAAUAUGGGUUCAGACAAAAUAAAGGGACCAGAGAGGCCAUUUCAGCACUUAGACUAUUAGUAGACAGGCGACUAGAUCUCAACCUAGACACUCACAUAGCUUUUAUAGAUUUGGAGAAGGCUUUUGACAAGGUCAACUGGAAAAAAAUGAUGGGUAUCCUCCGUGAUGUUGGACUCGAUUACAGAGAUAGAAAGAUUAUAUACCAACUAUACAAAAAUCAAGAGUCAAUCAUUGAAAUGGGAGAAGAGAGAGAGAAAGCCAAGAUAAACCAAGGAGUAAGACAGGGGUGUCCACUCUCACCGCUAAUAUUCAACAUUUUCAUAGAACAUGCCAUUCAAGAAAUUGUAGAGUCAGAUUUAGGGGGAGUUACAUUUAAUGGGGAGAAAAUUCAAUUUAUCCGAUUUGCUGACGACAUUGCGGCUUUUGCCGAAAAUAACUCCAAACUACAGUUAUUAGUUUCAAAAAUGAAUGAUAUUUUCACACAAUUUGGACUCAAAAUAAACUGCAAGAAAACCAAAAUUCUGACCAUCUCUAAACACCGAUCUUUACACAAUCCAAUAUUACUACAGAACACAGCAAUAGAACAAGUUCAACAAUAUAAGUACCUAGGAAGUAUUAUUACCAAUGACUCCAGAUGCACGGCGGACAUCAAGCAGAGGAUUGCAAUGGCUAAAAAAGCAUUCAAUAGCAAAAAACACCUGCUCAAAGCACACAUCUCGAAGAAUGUGAAAAAACGCUUAGUUAAGGUGUAUAUCUGGAGCAUUGCUUUAUAUGCGUGCGAGACGUGGACACUGACACAACGGGACAGAGAGCGAAAACCACCAAAAACCAUCUGGGACCGGAUCAAUAUGGGUUCAGACAAAAUAAAGGGACCAGAGAGGCCAUUUCAGCACUUAGACUAUUAG